GUGCCCACACUAAAUAGGGGGCAACUCCGUGGGAGUGGGUCCACAGUCUCUGGUUAUCUCCUGUACUGUCUGCAAUCUCUGCUCAUCCCCUGUACUGUCUGCAGUCUCUUGGUCAUCCCCUGUACUGUCUGCAGUCUCUGGUCAUCCCCUGUACUGUCUGCAGUCUCUUGGUCAUCCCCUGUACUGUCUGCAGUCUCUGGUCAUCCCCUGUACUGUCUGCAGUCUCUUGGUCAUCCCCUGUACUGUCUGCAGUCUCUGGUCAUCUCCUGUACUGUCCGCAGUCUCUGGUCAUCUCCUGUAAAAUGUCCGUAGUCUCUGGUCAUCUCCUGUACUGCGUCCGCAAUCUCUGCUCAUCUCCUGUACUGUGUCCGCAGUCUCUGGUCAUCGCCUGUACUAUGUCUUCAGUCUCUGGUCAUCCCCUGUACUGUGUCCGCAGUCUCUGGUCAUCUCCUGUACUAUGUCCGCAGUCUCUGGUCAUCUCCUGUACUAUGUCCGCAGUCUCUGGUCAUCUCCUGUACUAUGUCCGCAGUCUCUGGUCAUUUUCUGUACUAUGUCUGCAGUCCAUUGGUUCAGAAACAUUUUUGUCUUGUUUUUCACCUCUAAAACCUAGGCGCGUCUUAUGGUCA